AGCUGACAGUGUCAGUGGUAUUAAGAUUCCCUCCUUUUCAUGUUCAUGCUCAUAAGUCUUCUGCUUGCAAUGCGUUGACCAUGUCUGCUGCUCUGAGACUUAUCAGAAGAAUGCUGAGCCAGAGGAUAGCUCUUGCAGCCUUUGUGCUCUUCAUCCCAACGUGUGCAGUAAGAAACGAUUCCCCAUUCUCACUCACUAACCAGGCCACUGGUUUCUGUUUGGUGAGAAGAACAACCCGCUGCCUUGAAGUACGCUGGACGACCGGUGAUCGUCUUUUUGUUACCACAACCAAGAAGUGCCUGGGUGCUCAGGGCAAGAGCGUGGGGAGUGAAGUGAGCCUCUAUGAUUGUGAUGCCACCAGUGAGCUGCAAAAGUGGGAAUGCAAGAAUGAAACGCUGCUCGCCAUCAAAGGCGAGCAGCUCUACAUUGAAGUCAAACCUGAUCAAACAAUUGCUCUCUCAAGAACUGUCGGCCCGAACAACGAAAUCACAAUCACAGGGACGUCCAGCGGUGCUUGUUCGAGAACGUACAGAGAACUUUACACCCUUGAAGGAAAUGCGUUUGGUAAGAUCUGCACAUUUCCCUUCAUGUACAAAAACCGGUGGUAUGGAGACUGCACUACGUACGACUCUUCAAUAAAGCGACUUUGGUGUGCGAUUGAAACAAAAUAUGAACAUGAACAGUGGGGAUACUGCCCUACUUCUUCCACAGAGCACUGGGCCAAGAACAUCGCAACCGGAGCGUAUUACCAGACCAACACACAGUCGGUUCUGACCUGGGCCCAGGCUGAAUUCAGCUGCAAACAGCAGAGUGCCUCCCUGCUCAGUAUCAACGAUCCUCACGAUCAGGCUUUUGUCUCAGCACUAUUGGCAGCAGGGAAACACAAACUUUGGAUCGGGCUGGUCCUGGACCCAGAACAUGGCUGGCAGUGGUCUGAUGGGAAGCCCUUCCGUUAUCUGAGAUGGAGUGCAGGAAAUCCAGCUCCUAAUCCGGGACACAACUGUGCAUUUCUUGACUCUGCUGGGCUGCACACUUGGCAAAGUUCAUCCUGCGGCAAGAAACUAGGCUACGUCUGCUACAAAGACGGGGCCCCGCCAGCUCCCACACAAAUUGAGCAAGGAUUUUGUUCAACGCCUUGGAUUCCCUACAAUGGCCACUGCUUCCACCUUCAGCGUUCUAUUCAAACAUGGUCUGUUGCUCAGAGAGAGUGCCGCAAAGAAGGAGGGGACUUAGUGAGCAUUCGCAAUCUGGAGGACCAAAGCUUUGUCAUCUCGCAACUUGGAUUCGCAUCCACUGAUGAGCUUUGGAUUGGACUGAAUGACAUAAGGACAGAGGGGCUGUUUGACUGGAGCGAGCACUCGACUGUCAGCUUCACCAGCUGGGAGUUUGGGAAACCUGGUGUUUCCGCUAAUGUAGAUGACUGUGUUCUCAUCAGGGGACAGAAUGGAAACUGGGCGGAUCGCUCAUGUGAUGAGAAACAUGGCUUUAUCUGUAUGAAGCAGAGUGCCACUGAAGAGACCGGAGAUGAAGUAGAUGUGGAUAUAGGCUGCAAAGCUGGGUGGAAAAGACAUGGCUCCUACUGCUACUUUGUAGGAACGGGGACAAAGACAUUUGAUGAAGCUAAAGAGGAUUGCAAGACCUCAGGCUCCUACUUAGUUGAUGUUUCAAAUGGGGUGGAUAACUCCUUCCUUGUCAGCAUGGUGGGGCUGAGACCAGAGACAUACUUCUGGAUAGGCCUCUCAAAUCAGAAAAACCUUGAUCAAUUUGUGUGGACCAACACAGACUCGGUGGGGUUUACUCACUGGAACUCUCAAAUGCCAGGUUACGAACAGGGCUGCGUUGCCAUGAGAACUGGGACUUUGGCCGGACUCUGGGAUCUGCUGCCCUGCACCAACCAGGAGAAAUACAUCUGCAAACACCUGGCAGAGGGGGCAGUUGUAACCAUUCCACCGCCAACUCAAGCUGCUCUUAAGUGUGUGGAAGGUUGGACUCAAGUCGGAACAAGAAACCUCUGCUCUAAGUUUUUCACAGGUCCUCGUUCAGGUGAGAAGACCUGGUUCGAGGCCAGGGAUUACUGCAGGGCCAUUGGAGGAGACCUGCUCAGCAUCCACAGCAGUCCUGAGCUUUUUAUAGGACGCAGACACGGAAGAGCCUGGAUUGGACUUCGUUCUCCUGACCCGACCACUGGUUAUGUAUGGAGCGAUGGAUCCCCAGUAAACUUCCUGCACUGGCAGGAAGGAGAGCCAAACAAUCAUAAUAAUGACGAAUCUUGUGCUGAAUUCAGAAUGUAUAAUGCGGAUGAAGCCGGGUCUUGGAACGAUGCGAACUGUGAGGGUUACAAUGACUGGCUCUGUCAGAUCCGCGGAGGAAUGAUUCCAAAACCACCACCAAAUGAUACUGCAGUAGACUUUAACACCACUUCCGAUGGUUGGCUUGUGUGGAGAGGGAAUCACUAUUAUAUUAACCAUCACUCAAUGUCCAUGGAGGAUGCUCGUCAAUACUGUCAGCAGAGGCAUGGGGACUUGGUAUCUAUCAACAGUAAAGAUGAAAGUGUGUUCUUAUGGAAACAGGUUUCCAGAAGUUAUGGUAACUAUUAUAUAGGUCUGUCAGUGGAUCUUGAUGGGACAUUUUGGUGGAUGGAUGGUUCUCCAGUGGGGUUACAAAAAUGGGAUGAAAAUCAACCAAAUUCGGAAGUCUUUGAUCAGAACUGUGUUAGUAUGACUUAUUAUAUGGGCUUCUGGCAAACUUGUAAUUGUGGCCAAGAGCGCCAGUCCAUUUGUAAACGAGGAAACUCAGCACCUGUCAACACCACUGUAGCCCCCAUAGAGCCCCCUAAAGGCGGCUGUCCACUCAAGUGGACCAAAUUUGACUCAAAGUGUUACAAUAUCAUUACUAACCGUGUGGCCACCUGGGAAACCGCAAGGGCACAGUGCAUUACCAUUGGUGGCAAUUUAGUCUCCAUUCCCACAAGGCGUGAGCAAGCAUUUUUGACCACCAAAAUGGCUGAAACAGCAACUACAGACCUGUGGAUUGGUUUAAAUUGUUUAAAACAAGAUGGCUUUUACUGGACUGAUGGCAAAGCAAGACGAUACACCAACUGGGGCUAUUCUAAACAUCGACGUCGUCAGGGGACCUUUUAUCAAAGAUGGAAUGAGGAAGAGUGUGUUGUGAUGAACGGCAAUCCUUCCCUUGGCACCGGUAAAUGGUUAAUUAAGCCCUGCAAUGACACCAAUGGAUUUGUCUGUCUUCGAAAUCUUGACCAAAAUAUCCAGCCUCAACCAGAGCCAGCAGUUACUACCAUCUAUCUAAGUCUGGGAAAUGACAGCAUCAAGGUUGUGACUCAAAAUCUGACCUGGGACGGUGCCAAGAAACACUGCGAAGGUGAUAAAGCCAACUUGGCUAGCCUGCGAAAUGAGUGGACGCAGGCCUAUGUCGAGCUGCUGGCUAUGAAUCUCAAAACUCCUCUGUGGAUUGGACUGAACAAACAGCAGACAAACAAUUAUUUUAGGUAUAUUGAUGGCUGGCACCUGAACUCUGCCAACUGGGCUGAAGGUGAACCAAGCAGAGACAAACCCUGUGUGUACCUGGAUGUCGAUGGAAAAUGGAAGACUGCUUUCUGCAAUCGGACCAUGAACAGUGUUUGCAUGCAGUCUACAGACGUGCCACCAACAGAGUCAACCAACUUCCCAGGGAUUUGCCCUGAAGAGACGAAUGAGGAGUACCACCAGAGUUACACCUGGCUGCCAUUUAAGGGUCAUUGUUACUUGUUUAUAACAGAGGAAAUUGAAUGGGCAGAUGCAGCUAGCAGCUGUAUCAGGCAUGGUGGAAGCCUGGCGAGCAUCGAAGAUCCUGCUGAGCAACAAUUUAUUAAAAGCUACGUGGUGAUAUUUCAAGAUAGCCACAGCGGUUUCUGGAUUGGCCUGUAUAAAACUCAUAAAGGGUCAUGGCUGUGGUUGGAUAAAACAGUCAUGGACUACACUAACUGGGCUGAGGAUGAGCCUGAUAAUGACUUUGGAGGGAUCGGAACCUCAGAUGGGGCUUGGAGGACAGGUCGCAGAUGGCACGACAGAGCAUACAUCUGUAAAACACCCAAAGUGAUGCCCUUAGAUCCAGGAUCAAAACCUGAACCUCAUGGAGGUAAGGAUCCUCGCAGUCGUGUCCACACGACUUUGAUAGUUGUGCUGAUCAUUGCUGUCAUUUCUACGAUGAUGGCCUUUGCAUUCUUCUUCUACAAGAAGUCUCCUCGUCCUUCACCCGUUCCCUUUGACAAUCCACUCUACUUCGACAGUGAACGAUCCCAGCCUGAUGUGGUUGAUACCAAUAAACUGAUAGAGAAUGCAGAAGAAGUAGUAAACCCUGAGCCUAUUAUAACUCUGUGAAUUAUAAAGUAGCAGAAUCUAGUGGGACAUACACUAUACUGUACUGUAUCCCAGACUGAUGUAUUACACUUUGAUGCUUCAUUAGUGUUGUUGCUUUUUUACUAUAUUUCGUAUGUAUUCAGUUAUUUAACAAUAUGUCACUAAGUGUGAGUUUCAAUGGAGUUGGCAAUGUCUGACCUCAUUGAACAAAACAAUUUAGGCUCUAGGAUGUCUCAAUGGGAAUGACUGGCAUUUGAUUUUGUCAUUUUAUCUAUGAUUGAAUGUAUAUAAUUGUGACAUGUUAUGCUUAUGCUCACUAGAUGCUGUUCAUUGCUUGAACUCUUGAAAUGUAUAAACAAAAAUCUCACUGCCUGUCACUGUUAAAUGAACAUUAAAAUUGGCACUAAAGAAUAAAUAGAAUGAGUUAUAUCUGAUGAAUUAAAGGUCUUAUUGAUUACA